GACGAGUCUCGCCUACACGCACACAAACAGGGUGUGAGCAAAUAGGGGAGGAAGGUAUAAAAGACUUGCGUUUACGAUGUUGCAGGUCACUUUCGGGGCAAAAGCUCAUUUUGACGAUUGACUAUCAGUGUUUGUGCAAAUGCAUAGUAUAACCAUGUAUUCGAGACCACAAGUCGCAUCAACGUGUUAUUUAUGUAUGGUAUUAUUGGCAGUUGUUAUAAUAUUUUCAGUGGAUAACGGAGCAGCAAAACGUGGGUGUGCUAUGUUUGGUCAUUCCUGUUAUGGCGGCCAUGGAAAACGGUCAUUUCAAAUACCCAUGCAACAGCCUGCGAGAGAUUGGCUUGCUUCAAAAGAAGACGACACUCAGAUUGAUGAUGCCAUCAACAAAUAUUUUCAAAUGAAGGCAUCCUCACCGCACUUUACACCGUUUUGGCAAAAAUGGGUACAAGUAUACAACGAUCGCAAAAAUGAACAUCCUAGCAACGACGACCACAUAUAAAGACGGAACCAAUCGAGAAAUUAAAUACUUUUUGUUCUCUUAAUUCGGACAUAUUCUUAUUACCGUUGGACAUAUCGAUUAGACUUAAAAAAAAAAAUAAAAAUAAAUAAAUAUCCCUCCUCAGACAAACAUUUUCCUCUUACUAUAUUUUAUAAUAAUGAUUGCGCUGUUGAUUAUACAAUAGCAUAAAUAUGAAAUUCUCAAUACAACUAUGACGUACAAUUAUACUAUAUAGUAAUGGAAUAUAUUGGUUAGGUAAAAUUAUUUUAUUGUUCGAUCUGCAACUAAACUUUGUGUGAGAUUUUCAGUUCAUCAAACUUAAAAAAUAAAGUAAUAUACAACUAUUAAUAUUUUCCCGACUCAACAGGUCUUGUAAACUUUUACUUGUUCCUCUAAAACAAACACUAAAUGCAACUCCGUAAAUCUUAUUUUGAAUCGAAAAAAUAAUAAUAGUAUCAUUAUAUUAUC